GCCACAAGCAUGCGCAGCGCUCACUGCUACGUGUGCGAUGGAACAACCUCGAAGAGGGCGUGCCCGAUCAACGAAGAGCUGAAUAUCGCGCGACGUGGCGGUAGAGGUCGCCACGUCCACACGUCCAGCGGCGACGUUCGAUCAUCGGAUCACGUGACCAUCACAUCACCUCGGCAAUCGGGAGCAAUCGAUGCAGUGUCUCGUGAAGACGUUUCUCUGCUGCGUCGCUGUCGGCGUCGGCGUCACGGCGCUGUUGUGCUCGUACAUUUACAUCGAGUUUCAGCUUCAGCUGCCCAGCUGGCCCGCGGUGCAUUUCGGCUUUCACGGAAACACAGGACAGCAGUUACUUGCCAGCUCGGUUCCAGCGGGAUUCAAGAUCAUCACUUUCGGAUCGUCGUAUUUCUCGAACGACGAAUGGCCGAUUCUAAGCCAAACCGAACAAUUCAGCCACUGUCCAACCCGCGCCUGCUUCAUCUUUCCGCAAUCGUACUACUACGAGCAUCAAUGGCUGCGUGACACCGCAGAUGCCGUCGUCUUUCAUCCAAGAGAUCCGUUACUCUCGCAAAAACUUUAUUGGCUGUCCGGUAGGGCGCGCCCGCAGCGGCAGCGAUGGAUCACGCACAUACAGGAGUCUCCCUUGAACAUCGAUGGAGCGACGUCGCGACUUCGUCUCGUGUGCAACUGGACGAUGAGUUACCGUAGCGAUGCGGAUAUCUACGCUCCGUACGGACAAUUCUACCUCAACGCAAAUGCGUCAUCGUCUUCAGUAGACAGUGUUAGACCAGACAGAGAUUAUGGCGAUGGAAAGACGGGCUUCGUCGCAAUCGUGGUUAGCCAUUGCAGCACGCCCAACAGACGCGAGCUGUACUGGGAGACGCUGAGUAAAUAUGUACCAGUAGACGUCUACGGUCUGUGCAGUAAGUCGAACAGUUCGUGCACCGGUCCGCAAAACCAUCCAUCUUGCAUGGAGGACAUCGUGAAACGCUACAAGUUCUACCUAGCCUUCGAGAACAGCAACUGCAGGGAGUACAUAACUGAAAAGUUCUGGCACAAUGCGCUCGAGUGGGACGUCGUUCCCAUAGUGAGAGGAGCACCGAGGACAGACUACGAACGGUUUGCUCCUCCUGGCUCCUUCAUCCACGUCAACGAUUUCAGUUCCGUUGAGAAGCUGGCUGAGUAUUUACAAGAGUUGAACGUCGACAGUGAGGCCUACAAUAAAUACUUUAGAUGGAAGCAGCUAGGCUGGAUUUCGAAUAACAUCAGUGCGUCAUUCUGCAGAUUGUGUGAGGCACUGCACGAUGUGACUAGACCCGUGAAAAGUUAUGGGUAUCUUAACCAAUGGUGGAACGAAAGUGACUGUUGGAAACAGCGAGGGUUUACGAGUGUAGGAUGAUAAACCUACUAAUUUACGAUAAACCUGUGUUAUCACUUUCUCAACGCAAACAGGUGUUGUACUGCAAUGGAAUCUGAGUAUGGAAUAUAGAACGCACAGUAUUUUAUUAUUUUUACAAUAUAAUUCUCUGUAUGAAACAAAUAUGACUGGAAUUUUUUACUACAAUGCAAAACCGUGUUUGUAAGGCAUUUGUCUCUGGAAAAGAGUACACAUAAUAAGGUAAUGCGACUAUUGGAACAACGCUGAAUAGAAAAUAAGGUACACCAAUUAUCCCCAAGUAUAAAGCAUUCAACCUCGAUAUGUUCUAUGGCGAGAACAUACACUCGUGUACUUCAUGACUUGGCUAACGACGUCGUCUUUGGGUAUAAACAAACCUCGACGCUGCCAACUUCUUCAGACAACUUUGCUCACCGCUGC